AUGGAAGAAAUGUCUGUGACCUGUCAGGAUCAGGGGCCAGUCAACCCACAGGACGAUCUGGCCACUGAGUCCCAGGUUCAAAGUGAAGUGGCAUCAAACACGGACAGCAAUUCCCCACUGCAAGACAGAGAGGCUCCCAGAGCAGAUCCUGAAGAAGAAAUCGACACCCUACAGCCUGAAACUGACGCUGUUACUACAACAGACAACCAGGAAUCAGCAUGUAUGGGUUUGGACACCACAGAAGAGACACAAGAGAUGGUAAAAGAGGAGGUUUCCCCCCCUUCUCCCCCUGACACCACUGUACCAAAAGAUGACGCCCAGGAGAAAGAGGGUUUGUCCGGCCAAGAGGUGGACCAAGGAGAGAGUAGCAGUGAUUUUCAGAGUAUCGAAGACCUGACCCAAGACCAGGAAUGUCAAGAACCUCCACAGACACCUUCUCUGACUGAGCCCCUUGAUAAAGACAUCGAUACAAGCUCUGGGGACUUGAUAGACAAUAAUUUGACAACAAACUGCUCAGCAGAUGGUCUAAACAACAAUAAAGCUGAAGAUAAUAUCCAAGAGCCUGCAGCUGUUGGAAUAACUUCAGCUCCUCAUGAUUCUCCCUCUGACAAAAACAACUUAGAUGAUGUACAUACUACAUGCCCUCCUCCUUCUGCUGAUGAAAGUGAGGAAGAAAAGGAGGUGAGUGUUGAAAUCACGCCUUGUCAGCAGCAGCAGCAGCCGACCAAAUCAGAUCUCAAACAAAAGCUCCUACAAUCCUUGGCUUCUGCCAAAUUAUCAACCGUAAACCCCCCUGCAGUUACUCUAGCCAAACUGAGGGAGGAGCUGCUGAUCCAGAUCCGACGAGAAAUUGCCCUCAGGGGAGCAAACCAGGAAACAGCGCAACAGGUGCUAAGCCAGGCCCUUCCACCUUUGACAACUGUUACCAUGGAGCUGUCCAAUGAAGGAGGGGCAGCUUCUUCUCAACACUCUGGUUAUGUUGAAGCCGGGAGAGAAACACAGAACAGGGUGGAGGAAAAGACAGACGGAGAAAGCACACAAACAGGUGAAGAGGAAGAGCCCACAGAGGGGGGACUUGAUAGGGACAAAGCAAUCGGGAAGCAACGAAGUGGAGGACUGCAUUUCACCAAAGCAGUCCAAACAAGAAAGCCUAAGCCUAAAAGAUACAGAUUUCUGUCUUCGAAACAGACCAGGAUGGAGAGUGACGAUAGCCAAAGUGAUAGUGGGGUUUCUGCAGACUUCUCCCCCUGUAGCACUCUGGAUGCCAACACCACCACCUCUCCAGGUGCUGUGGCUCCUGUGCCGAAAGAGACUCCCAUUGAGCGGGAGAUCCGACGGGCCAUAGAGCGUGAGCACAGCCUGAGAAGGUCCAGAGGGCUCCCGAAUCAACCCACUUUGCCAGAGUAUGUGGAGAUCCCAUUAAAGAAAACUGUCCUCUUUCAGCCACAGGCAACUACUGCAGAGAAGAUUCAAAGCAAAGACAAGCAGUUUGCAGGCAAGAAGAUGCAACAUGAGAUCCAUGAGGAGGUCCAGAGGGAACAGGAUCUGGUCAAGCUUGGGAAAGUUCCAGGUUUCUACCACAAAGGCACAGUCCGCCAGCUCAAAGAGAGGAAAAAGCUCUUUGAGGCUUUUCAGGCACCUGCUGCCUCACCUUUGCCUCCACCAGCAAGGAGUAGGGCAAGGUCCUGGCCCUUCUCCUCAACCAGUGACAUCUCAAACCUAGUGAACCAAGACACAUCCACUAUGAGGCACACAAGUAAAGAGAGGAGUCCAAGCUCUGUCAAAGGAGGAGGUUUAACUUCUUCAGCUCCCCGGGGACCAGGACUCUCUGAGGGGACAGGCUGCCAGGUCAUUAUUAUAGAAAACAGCCUGAGUGCCUCAGCACAGAAUCUCUACUCUGCCAAACCUAAAGCAGAAGUCAGCCCUGCUGUCGACUUUGCAAGGCCGAGUAUCCCACCGUGCAGGACAGAAGGACACAACGGGAUUAAAGUGAGCGGUCAAGAAAAAGAGAAGGAAGAGGAGGGGGAGCUGACACCCAAGGAGAACCCUUUUUUCAAGCUGCGGACCUCGACAAAUCUAGUAAAGGUGGAGCAGGACAUUCGGGAGGCUCAAGAGAGGGAGAGAGAACUUCACCGGCAGAGGGUUAAUCUGUACGGGGAUGGAGGAGGAGGAAGAGGAGGGAGGCCAGCCAACAUAGAAAGAAGAAAUACCAAGUUGACCCGCUCUUCCUCACUAAAUAGAGUUCCUGAAAUACACUCAACCAGCUCAUCUUCCAGGCCCAUGACUGGACCCCCAGCAGGUUUGUGUAGUGCUGAAUUUUUGGACUAGGGGUGUCUGUGCAAGGUAUGACAUCAAGCGUAGACAAUGUGUGAGUGUAGAUGCCUUUGAGUGUGUAUGUGUGUGAUUUUUAUAUCUGUGGUGAGAUGAUGAAAACCCCCUGAAACAGCCCUGUAAGCACAUUAUCUUAUUUUUCUCAUGGUCAGUGGAAAACCGCCAACAGCUUUUUGAAACCAGCAUUAGCCGUUAUGGGCAAUAAUUUUACACCUGAGACCGUAAGCUGGCCGACAAGAAAAUAAAAUUCUGUAGCUCCAUGAUAAAUAAAGCUUCUCAUCCCUCAUAUUAAUUGGAAAACCUGGGCUCAGGGAAAGUACCCUGACACUUUAUUGUUCAGUAAGAGAGAAGUGUGUUGGAGGAGUAAAGAUUCAGAUGAAGUUGAAAUUCAGCAUUUACUCACUGCAUACUACUUGUUUUUUGUUCUUCCUUGACAUGAUGUAAAUAGAGCGGGUUUCAAAAAGAGAAAUCUAAUAAAUUUUGUCAAAAAAGCAAGCUGUUAAAUGUGCAAUCAGAAUCCUACAGGAUGAGAGACAAAAGCCACUCAGAUGCAGGGAGGAAUCAAAUAGAAAGAAAUUCAUAUUGAUGCAGCAAAACUGACAAUUUUUCGUGUUGAUGCCUAAAACUGGUGUGAAGGGAUAGGUGUCAGCCAAGCAGCUGAAGAAAGAGCCCUGAUAGAUUUGACUGUCUGCAGGAUAAAACUUUUUUGAAAGACACCACUUUAUCACAUACAGGACUAGAUAAGCAAAGACUUAUUUGCCAAAAUUGACACCAAAUGGAAGUUCCUCAUUGGGGCUUUAAUGUCCCUUUGUAUUAUCAUUACCAACGAACUUUUCUAUUCAUUUAAUUCUCGAGAAAGAAUGUAUUAAAGCAAAAUCCAGACUCCAAAAACCAAAUCAACUUGCAAACAAUUUUGCAUUUUCAGACUAACUUGAGACAAAAAGUUAUGAGUAUAACUUUGUAAUGAAACACUGUGAAGCUCCAUGAAAGGUGUAUUUGACUGGGACCAUACUAUGAAUAUACACAACCUUGUUCAUAUACACCUGUUUUUUUAUAGUACGCAUAUUCAUCUGCCUAAAUUGCUAUUUAUGAGCAAAGUAACAGAGGAAAUGCAACAUUUUCUACUGAGUACAAGGUCAUGAAAAAUGUUUUUGCCGCAGCGUCCACAGGCAGUUGUAAAAAGUGCUGGGCUCUUUUUGUCUCUGGAUUAGCUUGAGCUUUGGAUGCUGAGAAUAAUCACUGUCAUGGAGUUCUGAACAAUCAAAUCAAUUAUUUAACACAGCUGGAUAAUAAACUUUUAUAUCGUGUGCAGCGGUUAAAAAUAAUUUUGAGAAAGGGGUUUGUAAAAUAAUGUGUUUCGCCAGUUAAUGGGUACUUUUGUUCGUCAUUUAGGGAUUAGAGAAACAACUGCUGCAAGUUACAUUUGACUGUAUGUUUGGGUGUGACUUGUUGACAAAAAGUGUGGUCAUUUUGUCUUUUUUAGGGGGAGCAUUAUGCUUGAAUCAAAGGGUGAGGAACAAAAAAUGCACCUGUAGGGUGUGCCGCCCAAGAACCUGAAUGAUCAUGAGUCAUUCAAUAUUGUAUACAAAAUUUCUUUCAGUUCUGAAUACCAUUCUCUGCUUCUUCACGACACAUUUUUUGCCUUUUAAUCUAUCUCUAUAAAUAACACUCAUGGAGACAUUAUGGCCCACAUUUUGAAGCAAAAUCACUGUAACACAUUUGCCUCAUUGUCACCUUGUUCUUUCCCAUUCUGCCCUCAAACGCUGACAUUUUUCUCUGUCUUGCAGUACGCCAGUCAGUUGGCAAGCUGGGCAUGUGGCCUCCAGCCCAGGCUGAAGAAGAGAAGAUUAGCCGGCCAGAGGUGAGCCAAAGAUGCCAGUAGUUAUUUAACAAUGGAGUUAAGGCGUUGAAACUUCGGCUGUUGCUUGCUUCAACUUCCUAGAAUUGGUGACAUAACAUCAAAAUGUAGGGAAAUAAGCUUCCUUAGUCUCUGCUUAGAGGAUAUCAGGUUGCACAAUCAUAAAGCUGUUUUAACUGAGAGUUAAUACAUGAAUUGCAACGUUGCUAUGGGGCUUCAAUUAGUCUCUCAGCAGCAUGAAUGUGAACGCGUGUUCGAAACUGCACUGGAUUGUAAAGGGAUGAAAAAAGGCCUCUGGGAGGAUGAUGCUCGCAUCUCUUUUGCAGCGAAUGUGGGCCACAAACAUCUGAUAACAUAUUGAACACACAGUAAGGAGCUUAUCUUUAUAGAUAAGGAGAAGAAGGCAAACAGCCCUGAGACAGAGAGGCUAAGUCUGCUGAGUGGCUUUGAGUGUGUGUAUGUGUGUGUAGGUGUGUGGGAGUGCAGUCGAUAGCAGAGAAAGUGAAAAGUCAAUUGAAUAUCCCCUCACCUGCCUUACAUCACUUUGCAACUGUGCUAUCUCUGAUUAGAGUUGAAUGCUGCACCGUGGCUUUAGUUUCUUAAUUCAGUUUGGCACUGAUCUGCUGGUUUGUUAAGCCACACAGUUCACCGUGAUGUUUUUGUUGUUCACUUUCCUCUCACUGCCUCAUGUGGCUUUCAGUCUCUCUCUGUGUUGAGUGGUUGUCUGCUUUCUGCAAAAAAAAAAAGGCUUCUAAUGUAGGUCUAAUAAAAAAAAAGAAAAAGAAAAAGCACAGACACAAUUUUCUUAUAACCUUGUGUUCAGCAAGAGAAUAUCACAAUUUGUCCAUGUGAAUUUUUCAAUGCCUUUAUGACUUGAUGUUCAAGGAUUCAAGGAUUCCAGGAACAUCUUUUGUCAUAGCCCACACCUGUGACAGCCAGAAUAAUAAAAUACAAUACAAUACAAGAGCAAUCAUAAGAAGGUGUAGAGUAAUAAAAACACAAAUGUAAACAAACUACUUAUAAGUAGUUCUUAUAAAUUUAUAAAUUCGUUAUCAUAAUUUACCAACUUAAGUAUUGUUUGUUUAAUUUUGCAAAUUUAUUAAAAUUUUGUAAUUUAACAAACUUUUCUUGCAUUUUUUUUAAACUUUCCUUUCUUGCAAAGUUACAACCUUCUCCCUCAUAAAUUUAGAUAUUGUAGAUUAAGAAGUGUUUGAUGGUAGAUUUUUGACUUUAAACUUGUAAAUCUCUGACUUUAUUACUGUAAACUUUUUCUUCGAGAUCACAAUAUUUCUCUGUACAUAUAGGACUUUAUAUUUGCCAAUUUGUGACUGAAAUCUGUAAUAUCUUGACUUUAUUGUCUAAAAUGUAUGAAUGUUUUUCAUUUUUCUCUUUUGAUUUCAAUGACCUAGAAUUACAAAGUUAUUCUCUAAUGGGUUUCUUUCUUCGUCAUUAUAGCCAGGAUUCCUCUUUUUACAAGUCCCUCCUUCUUCGAUCACUUGUCUCUAAUAGUCUUUGCAACAACCUUCUCUGUCCUCUUCACAUUGCAAUCAGCACUCAUUUCCUCUUUAUUCCCAUCUUAAAACCCAGAUCCUCCUCAGUCCAAGAAAGAGGACACCUUUGGUACAACGCUGGGAGGCGGGCCUGAUCAACGGACACAACCAGGAUGACAACUGAGGAUCGAGAAAGGCUAACCAAGAUUUUUACUUUUCAAAGUGAAGGGCUGAAAAGAUUGUGAGAUAAAAAUAGGGGCUGUUUAAAAGAAAGUGGGAGCAGACUAGAAGAGGGAGCUGUAGUAAGGUGGAGUGAAGGAGAGGAGGAAUCUGAGGCUAGAAGGAGGUCAGGGAUUGAGGCUGUAAAGGGGGUCAGGAGAAUUGGGAGCAGGGAAAGGAUUGAUGGUGGACUCAAAACCCACAGAGUCCUUCAGUAAAGAGGGGAGGAAAAGGAGAAGGAAGGCUACCUAUUAGAUAAGCACUUGGCCUGCUUAAGGGUACUGAAAAACUUUGAGACUAAUGAAUGUAAAAUAGCAAAAACUCAUAAUAGCGCUGCAUUGUUGAAGAAAAUGUAAAUGUAAUUAACAUGAAUGAGAAACUGUCAUGAAGUUACGUUUUCUCUAGAAUAGUUUUUAUUCAGUGAAGAAAAUAGAUUGUACAUUGUACUAAAAAUGUGUCAACAACACUUCCUUUAUUCCUGUAACAAUAUCUUAAACUGAUUUACUAGUUUAUCACACUGGAACUGUGAUGUAUUACCAUGUAAUAACCCUGGCAUUAAAUCCUGCCUGUAUGUCCAACAGA